CAUGUCUACUUUCAACUUUUGUUUUUCAGACGUUCCCUUGUAUGCAAAGUGUCCUACAUUAUUUUUUUCCCCCCAACAACCGAAAAUGAUUUGCAUGAAGCCACAAAGAGAUCCUCAUUUCUCCGGGUUGGAACCAUAUAUGUCCUUAAGUUUGGCCUUCAGCAGGACGAUGAAGGUUCUGCUGCCGGCUCUUGUUCUUGCCCUGGUGUUGGCGAAUGGAUCUGCCCUGAAAUGUUAUAACUGCGUCCCCGGGACACCUGGAGGAAGUUGUGUGACCACUCAGGAGACCUGUGGCUAUAAAAAAGACACCUGCGUGUCUGCCAGAUUCAUCUCUCCCUAUUCUUACUUCCGGAGGUGCAUUAGCAUGGCAGACUGCAUGAUUCUUCAGUCCAGUCCCAAUAUGAAAGUCAAGUGCUGUCAGACGGAUCUGUGCAACACCCCGAUUUAAGAUGACCACCUCGUUAUCGCUCUGUUUCAGGUCAGCAGACGUGAUUGCUUAGACUAAGUGAAAUUGAUUUGUUUGCGAUGGAGAGCGUAUUCGCUUCAUCCACCUCAUGUCACGCUGCGCAGAUAAACCAACAAAAGCGACAUCAUUUUCACGGUACAUUGUGCAAUGUUCCAUUUUUAAGCGUUUCAAAACCAAAAUUGAAAACAAGUAUGACGUAACAAGCUGGUCAACAAUCGAGCAUGUCAAUUAAUAACAUAAAACGCUGAUGCAGAUGUUUAAAGAGGCGUCACGUCUCAUUUAUAGAUUUUGCAAUAGCAAUAAACAUCAUAGUGGUGAUUCAUUCCAUUUGAUUCAUUUUUUUUCAACUAUAUGUGAGAAGAAGUAUAUGUUUGAACUGUCAAUAAACUGCAGAUUCCCAUCCUGA